AUGAAGGGAGAGGUCCAAGAUCUUGCUUUUGCUCAUAUCCAGAGUCAGGUUGUCCUGGCAUGUAUUGAUGAAAUGGGCAAUUUCUAUGUCCAUGAGAUACAGCUUACUGAUAGUGGACUACGCUUCAACUUGGUGGUAGAAGUUCGUGAAGACACUGGAAUAGGGGGCACUACUCAUCGUGUUGUGUGGUGCCCAUAUAUACCUGAUGAAGAAGAUGACGCAUCGGACGAUGACGUUGCUAGGCUGCUGCUUACUACACAUGGGAAUGUCGCCCGAAUGUGGAACGUGCGCGCCGUGGCGGCGCUGGCGGCCCCCGGCGGGGUGGGGGCGGGGGCGGCGGUGGGGGCGAGCGCGGCGCUGGCGGGGGGAGGGGCGCGCGCGGCUGGCGAGCACUCGGCGCCAGUAUUGGCGGCCGCCUUCUCGCCGGACGGCACCGCCCUAGCGACCGCCGCCGCGGACGGAUACGUCAUGUUCUUCCAGGUGGCCACAGUGUACAUGAACAAUGACAGCAACCCACGUUGCCUGCACAAAUGGCAGCCGCAUGGUGGGAAACCACUUAGUUGCCUGUUCUUCCUUGACAACCAUAAGAACUAUAACACAGAUGUGCAAUUUUGGAAGUUCGCCGUGACGGGCGCGGACAACAACACCUCGAUAAAGGUGUGGUCGUGCAAAUCGUGGAACUGCCUGCAGAGCAUCAGCUUCUCGCCGGCGCUGGGCGCCGAGCCCGCUCCGCUGGGCCUCAAGGCGAUGCUCGACACCAGCGCCAGCUAUUUGCUGCUCUCCGACUUCAAGGCGCGCAGCCUCUACGUCCUGAACAUGGCCAGGGACGCUGACGACUCGACGGCGUACUGCAAGAGCAUAUCGGAGUUCCUCCUGCCGUACCCAGUCCUCAGCUUUUGCAUCGUGGACGCUGAAGAAGAGCUGGUCAAGUGCGAGUCCAGCUGCGAUGACCCGUACCACAGGAAUGGCUCCGGCGGCGAUAUUGGCGAUUCCCCGGACGAUUUUGAUAUGCACCAUGACGACGGGGGUGUGAAUGAAUGCGGCGGCGGCGGCAAAAGGGUGUGCCUGCGGCUGUACAUCGUCCAGCCCAAGGGGUUGCAGGAAGGCGAGCUGGUAUACUCGCCGCCGCAGGAGGCGCAGCGAGACCUCUUGAGCACAGGUCUUGACGAGUUGACUUUGGAGGAUCCAGGAGAAGAGGUGACGUCACCAGCGAUUUCUUCAAGCAUCCUGCAGCAACAGAGCCAGCAGCUCAAGAAUCUUCUCAUGAGGAGUCAGACGCAGCCCGGCAGCCUGAUGGGGCCGCGCGCCGAGUCGCCGCCCGCAGCCGGCGCGCCCCACCACCUCAACCUCAUGACGCCCGACGCCUUCAGCUCGCCCGGUAAACGCGAGGAGGAAGACCCGCCCCUCUCUGCCACGCCCGACGUCGCCAACAAAUCUCGGACAUCCACUAACGGUGCAGAGGAAGUGGUGAGCGUUUCCGGCGAGGUGAAACCGCCGUCAGGAGGCUCCAGUCCCAGCCUGGAGGUGCAGCAGAUCAUGUCCCACAAUGACGAGCCCUAUUACAAGGAUGAUAUGGAGGAGGGUGAGCAGAGUCCCGAGGGCGCCGGUGACGAGGACUGCGAGGAGCCUGCGGGGGCGGGGGGGGGCGGGGGCGGGGGCGCCAAGCUUACACACAGCAACAGCGACACUUCGUGGCCGCAGAUCUCGCUCGCGCAGAUCACGGAGGCGAACCAGCGCAAGGCGUCGAGCGACAAGUCCAGCAGCCAGAGCCUCAACGCGCCGCUUAGCGCACCCCUCAGCGCUCAGCUCGUCGCCCCGCUCAGCGCUCCGCUCAGCGCUCCCCUCAUCGUGCACGACGAUGCGUCCCGCACGCGACUCGAAGCUCUAGAGCAGAAAAUCGAUAAACUCACUGAGCUGGUGGCGGCGCAGUCGCGCGAGGUGCGCGAGGUACGGCUGCUGCGGGCGGAGGUGCGGGCGCAGCAGCCGCAGCGGCUGGUGGCCGAGGCGGUGGCGGAGGCGGUGGCGGCGCUCGAGGCGGCGCUGGGCGCGGGCUGGGAGCGCGUGGCGCGCGCGGGCGAGGCGGCGGGCGGGCGGGCGGCGGCGGCAGCGGGCGUGGGCGCCGCCAGGGCGCUCGAGCCGCUGGCCAACGCGCUGCAGCACGAGCUCGCCGCCAAGCUCUCCGCCACCGACCGCCUGCUGCGCGACAACAUCGACAAGCUGGCCAACAGCAAGACCGUGAUGGAGCGGCUGAGCACCGCAAUAGCGUCGUCCCUGUCGGAGAUGGUGCGCGAUUCGUUCCGCGAGGCGCUGUUCGAGAGCGUCGUGCCCGUGAUGGAGAAGGCGCACGCGCAGAUCUUCCGCCAGAUCAACCAGGCCUUCCAGAACGGCACCAAGGAGUUCGCCGCGAAGACGGAGGCGGCGGCGCGCGCGGCGGCGGAGCGGGGCGGGGCGGCGGGCGCGGAGCAGCUACGCGCCGCGCUCGACCGCCACGCGGAGGCGCUCGCCGCCGCCACCAGCGCCCUCAACGCAAACGCCAACGCCUACGCCGCGCCCGCCAUCACCGCCACGCUGCGCGACGUCGCCCACGGUGUGUUGGAGAAAGAGAUGGCUUGGUGGCGAGAGCAGGCGCGAAACGUCGCCGUGCAGAUGUCGCGCGCUCAUUCUCCGGCCACGCCAGGCUCACAUGCCAUGGACAGACAGAUGCAGGUGGCCCAGAUCCAGUCGCUGAUGUCGGGCGGGGACGUGAACGGCGCCUUCCAGUUGGCGCUGUCCGCCUCCGACCUGGCGCUGGUGGUGGCGGCGUGCAGGGCGGCGGAGCCCGGCCGCGUGUUCGGCCCGCCCUGCCGCCUCAAGCAGCACGUGCUGCUGUCGCUGGUGCAGCAGCUCGCCGCCGACAUGCAGCGCGACACGCAGCUGAAGCACAGGUACCUUGAAGAGGCCAUAAUGAAUCUGGACACAAGCAACCCAGUAACAAGGGAGCACCUGCCAGGUGUGGUGCGGGAGUUGCAACAGCAGAUCAUGUCGUUCCUGGCAGCCAACCCCGGCCACGCGCUCACCAGGCAGUUCCGAAUGCUCCUCAUGGCCGCCGACUCGCUGGUGAAGAGCACCGUC